ACGAGGGCCCGAGAUGGGCCCUCCUGGCCGCCGUCCGAGGCCGUGGUCUUUGGGGGUUCCGUGCUCGUGCGUUUGCAGAUGGAGCAAACGUUUUGCGCACUGUUGCCGCCAUGUUAAUGCCAUUUAGGUUUAGUCAAAUAACUUCGUGUUAGAAAUUUGGCGUGCUAAGGACAAAGUUACAGACUUUGAUAUCGAAGAAAAUGAAGAGAAACGUAAAUGAAAAGUCAACUCGAAGUACAGCAGGCUGUUUGCCUGUACCAUUGUUCAAUCAGAAAAAGAGGAAUAGACAGCCAUUAACAUCCAAUCCACUUAAAGAUGAUCCAGGUGUAAGUACUACUUCUGACAGUUACGAUUUCUCUCCUCUACCAACAGAUUCUGCUUGGGAAGUGAUGAAUCCAGAGUUGCCUCCUUUAACGAAAACAAUGAACACAGGGCAAAUACCACAUUCAGUUUCUCAUCCCCUGAGAAGUCAAGAUUCUGUGUCUAAGUCUAUUCAAUCAGAUACUGAAAGAAGCAAGAGUGGUUGGAGCUAUGGAGAUAGAAACAAAAAUACCAGCUUGAAAACUUGGGAUAGAAAUGAAUUUAGUCCUCAAUGCAAAAGAACAAACCUAGUAGCAAAUGAUGGAAUAAAUUCUUGUCCAAGUAUGAGUUUGGGAGCUCAACAACAGAAACAAUUAAGAAUAUCUGAACCUCCUAACUUAUCUCACCAACGAGAAACUGAAGUACUCAGGCAAACACAUUCAUCAAAAAUAUCUAGCUCCACAAUGAGAAGUCUAAACAAAAACAGUGCGUUACAGGGAUUUAAGCCCAAUUUCCAACAAAAUCAGUUUAAGAAAAAAAUGUCGAAUGAUAUUCCAGCAGAAAGCACUGUCAAGGAUGCCUCAUUGUAUCCAUUAAAGUUUAAGGAAAAAGAUAAUUCUUUAAGAAUUAUAUCUGCAGUUAUUGAAAGCAUGAAGUACUGGCGUGAACAUGCACAAAAAACUGUACUUCUUUUUGAAAUAUUGGCUGUUCUCGAUUCAGCUGUUACACAUGGACCACAUUAUUCCAAGACUUUUCUUAUGAGAGAUGGGAAAAAUACUCUGCCUUGUGUAUUUUAUGAAAUAGAUCGUGAACUUCCAAGACUGAUUAGAGGCCGAGUUCAUAGGUGUGUUGGAAACUAUGACCAGAAAAAUAAUAUUUUCAAAUGUGUUUCUGUCAGACCGGCGUCUGUUUCUGAACAAAAAAGUUUUCAAGCAUUUGUUAAAAUUGCAGAUGCUGAGAUGCGGUAUUAUACUAAUGUAAUGAAUGAAAUUUAAAUAGUCAUAAAAGAAGUUUAAAUAGUUAUAAUUUAAAGCAUUUUUCUGUUAUUUAAAUUACAAUAUGCAUGGUUUUAUAGCCACAGCUUUUCUGUACUUUAUUUGUUGAAUUAAAAUACUUAAAUCCUUUUCAAUGUG